AUGCCUCCGCUGCAAGCCGGGGAUGCAUUUCAUCCCGCGACAAAGACGACGGCUGACUUCAUGUGCCGGUAUAUGCGAAAAAUGGAAGGGAGCAUCCGUGAGGCUCUAGAUUCCAUGAAGUUCAAGUCCUUCGGCAUUAUCUGUGACGCGAGCCCGAAAGCCAAGAUGGUCUGGUUGCCACUCUUUUUCUGGCCUGACACGAUUGGGCUGGGGACGCUACAGAGGCUUAGCGCCUUGCUUCCCUCCACCGCAUCCUCGAACUCCAAGCUGGAAGCUUGUGGCUUGAUUGCCGACAGCCGAACACGCAACGUAUUGGGCGAGACCAAGAAGAGCGAGCUUGCCAAAAAGCUGAAGCUUGGUUUGCAAUGGCCCAAAGCACUCAACAGCAUCAAGCAAGACAAGUUGUCCAGCCGUCAAGAGCUGAAAGCAAUGAUGUGUGUGAUGAGCCAAGUAGGAGUGGAUAUCGACCAGUGCUGGCCGCAAGAUCCCCUGCUUCCACGAGUCCUCGGCAGAGAGGAGAGAAAGACACACCAAGUUGGUUCCGAGAGCCUCUCCUAUCUCUAUGACAGAGAAACCGGCAAGAGCCGGUGGGAUUGUCCGAUGCCCGGAGCCGGCCAUUUGCGGCUGGUGGUGUGUGCUGACCAGGGCUCUCCCAUGCACACAUGUUACCAAUUCUUAGCACAAGCUGGGGCAAGCAUCCACCUGAACAAUUUGGAGGAGACCUCUGACGAGAAGCUGAACUUCGAGAGGGUCAUGGAGAUCCUGGGCCAGGUGGGCAAGAACCCCUUCAAGUUCGAGGAAGAGACCAGCAAGCCCGGAGCAAACUACGACAAAACGGUCAAUACGUGCAUGAAGGUGUUGACAAGCGAGGAAAUGUUCGGCCUCUUCCGUGUGGCCCGCAACGUUCUCGAGCCCUUCCGGGAGCUGUGCUUGGAGCUUCAAAAAAAGACGAACGCAAAGAAUGCCCUCCACGACCACACGCUGAAGAUGAACGGCCCAAGUCUGGAAAGAAGCCUGUCUGACUUGGCUGCGACGGCCUUGUGCAGCAGUGGUCUGGGCAUGAUCCCGGACAUUGCGACCGGUGCGACACAGGUGCUGACUGUGAAGUUUCAGCGGGGUGGGAACGUGCUCCGCGAGGGUUUCGGCAUGUUCCUUGCUUCCGUCCACGAAAUGGAGCAGUACGCCCUCUACCUCAGGAGUGCUCCGAGCAAAGCGGCCGGCCUCUUGUCGUCCUCGCAGGACACAGAGACGAAAGACAAAAUCAUCGAUGAGAUGAGGCAGGAGUGGGAGUUGGUGCAGGCCUUGGAGUCUGUGCCAUCCGACUCCGCUGUGUUGAAGGCCAACUGCAACUACUCCUCUUUCCAGUGCUACCGCGAGCUGCUGGCCGGGCUUGAGAAGAGCAAAUGGGUCUUGACCGACGACUGCCGUGCCCUCGUUGCCUCCUGGUUCCCGGCCUACUGUUGGUCGGCUGGCAUUGAAUCGGUGUUUGCAGACAUGCAAGACGCAUGCAAACGCUCGAGCCGCUCGGACUGUGGCAGCUUGCCGAACUUGCACGCCGUUGGUGUGCGGUGUCUGCAAAACAGACUCUGUGUGCCGGAGGAGGCACCCGACCACCUUCAGUUGGAGCCGGACGACUGGCUCGGCUAUAUUGAGCCUUUGGGGGCUAAGAAGUCUGAGAUUCCGCAAUGCAGAAACGUGCCCGUGGACAACAUCCUGAAGCCGUUCCCCUCGACAUCAGCCUUUUUCCACAACCAGCACUGCCUCAACUUCAUGUUGGGGCUCCGCAGCUUGGAAGGGAUCCGAAGGUCGAAGCAGCCGGCUUCUGGAUGGGCACUUCGUUUGAUGGAGCUUCCUUACACUUUCUCAGGGCCUCUGCCUGAGCAGAAGGAGGACGAGACACGCAUGCCGUGCCUCCUGAAAGAGGCCGAGGAUCCUCUUGAGCCCGGGUCGUCUACGCCGGCUCUCACGUUGGCUCUUGGAAGGGGCAUGAUCCAGAAGAUCAGCUUCCGGUACGAGGAGGUUUGCUUCUUCAGCUACACUUUGCAUGUCUGCGACAGAGCCCUGGAAGCAAAGUGUGGAACGGCUGUGCUGCUGCGGCGAGGGUGUCGCGAGUUCAGCUUGCUGAGCUACUUGGUGCAUGCUGAGCUCAUUAUGUCCUGCACCAAUGCUUGCUUGACGGAGCUGCUGCAGAAGCACGACAUCACGAUGCCAAAGAAUGCUUCGAAAGCACACAGAAUCAAGCGAAUCUUGGAUAUGGACCAUGUCAAAGAAGCUUGUGGAGAGAAGACAAUCCAGAAGCUGCUGCUUCUGUUGCAAGAGCAGGAGGCCAAGAAAAAGGGCAAGACUGAAGAUGAUCAGAAUCAGGAAGCCGAGAUUGAUUGGGAUGAAUUGAAAGAAGAUCCGGCUGCUGAAGCUUGCAGGGAGCUUCUUGCCAGAUUGGACGAAGAGGAGAAAGAGGAGGAGGAAGCAAAAGAGCCAAAAGAGGACGCAGAGGGCACAGAAGCAAAGCAGCGGGUCCAGAUGAGUGACUCGCAGAUCCGCGAGUCCAGAGCGAUGCUGUCAAGCACAGCAUCUUUGCCGGCCGAGCUCCUGCGAAGAUUUCCGAUCCCGGAGGGAAGUGCGAUGCACCAGACAGUGCAUUGCGAUGGCACUCUUCCUCAUUUCCAAGGACGCCUUUUAGCUGGAGCCUUCUACGAAGGGAAGCAUCCGGGCCGCAUAUUCCUAGAGUAA